GGAGGAGGAUUCGAAAGCGGGGGGCAACACAAACAGAGCUGUGACUGAUUGUGUGUGUGUGUGUGUGUGUGGUGGAGGAGAGCCUAUUUUACAGAGCAGAACCGCGCCGUAUGUUGCUGGGAACUGGAAACAUUUCUUGCCUGGAUGGACUGUUAGCAUCAUUUGAUGAGAGAAGCGCUGACAAUGAGAUUCGCCUGGAAAGAUAAAAUGCUCAUUAUGGCUCUCCCACAGAGCUUGGUGCAGGACCGGGGGGAGGAAGUGGAGGAGGGGGCCAUAUACAAUGUGACACUGAAGAGGUGCCAGAUCCAGCAGGCCGCCAACAAGGGAGCAAGAUGGCUGGGGGCGGAGGGGGACCGGCUGCCUCCCGGUCACACUGUGAGCCAGUUGGAAACCUGUAAGAUCCGGAGUAUCCGGGCGGGAACGCUGGAGCGUCUGGUGGAGACCCUGCUGACUGCAUUUGGGGACAAUGACCUCACCUACACCAACAUCUUCCUGUCCACAUACCGCACCUUUGCCAGCACGCACACCGUGCUGCAGUUGCUGCUAGACAAGUAUGGAAUUCCAGAGGAUAGUGAAGGAAAGACUGAGCAAUGUAGAACCUCUGAAACCAAAGGAGCCGUUCGAACUGCCCUGGUCUCCAUCCUGCGAGUCUGGCUGGACCAGUGUCCAGAGGACUUCCAGGAGCCUCCAUCCUACCCCUGCCUCCACAGGGUGAUGGCCUACCUACAGAGGGCCCUGCCUGGAUCGGAGCCCAUGCGUAAAGCCCAGAGUCUACUGGAGCAGCUGAAGGCUGAGGCCAGUCUGGAUGUAGACUCAGAGGGUUUUUCUGGUGGUUUCCACGGCAACAGCUCAUUCUGCUUGGCUGAGGAUGAGGGAGUAGAGAUUGAUGUCCAGGAAGGCUUCCUGUCAUUUGAUGCAGACUUGGUGGCCGACCAGCUGACCUAUAUGGAUGCGUUGUUGUUCAAGAAGGUGAUUCCUCACCACUGCCUGGGCUCCAUCUGGUCCCAGAGGGAUAAGAAACAGAACAAGCACAGUGCUCCCACCAUCCGUGCUACCAUCACCCAGUUCAACGCUGUGGCAGCGUGUGUGGUCAGCACCAUACUGCACCGACAACAGAUCCGCCCGCUCCUCAGGGCACAGGUCAUCAAGCGCUGGAUAGACAUUGCUCAGGAGUGUCGCGUGCUUAAGAACUUCUCCUCGCUGCGUGCCAUUGUGUCUGCACUGCAGUCCAACCCACUCUACAGACUGAAGAGGGCCUGGUCCUGGGUGCCCAAAGACAGCAUGUCUACGUUUGAAGAGCUAUCAGACAUCUUCUCAGAUCACAACAACUACCUGACUAGCCGAGAGCUGCUGAUGAGGGAGGGCACCUCUAAAUUUGCCAAUCUGGAAGGCUGUGCUAAGGAGCACCAGAAACGCACUCACAAACGACUCCAGCUGCAGAAGGAAAUGGGUGCCAUGCAGGGGACGAUACCUUACCUGGGCACCUUCCUGACAGACCUGACCAUGUUAGAUACGGCCCGGUCAGACCUAGUAGAGGGGGGGCUAAUCAACUUUGAGAAGAGGCGAAAGGAGUUUGAGGUGAUAGCUCAGAUCAAGCUGCUGCAGUCUGCGUGUAACAGCUACUGUCUUAGUGCUGAUGAUGCCUUCCUGCGCUGGUUCAAGAACCAGCCCCAACACAGCGAGGAGGAGAGCCAUGCUAUGUCUUGUGACAUUGAAGGAGUCGGAGACAGCAGUCCAACCUUACCCAAACUUCGCAAGAGCCUGGUUAAGAGACUCAGCCUACUGUUCCAAGGUGCAGACUCAGCAGACUGUUCCCCAGUGAGGGAAACACCUCGGUCUCCCCCUACUGGCAGCUCAGGGGAGAGCGUGGACUCAGUCAGUGUGUCGUCCAGUGACUCCAGCCCUUCAGACAGCGAGGGCCUAGGCAUGACACCUAUACACACUUCAGAUGCACAGCAGAACAAGGUGUCAGAGUCUUGCUAUUGCAUUUCUCUCCACUCCAUGGACAUUACCUUGUCCUCAGCCAGUAUUCCUGUGACCCCGGCCUCACCCUUCCUCCCUGGCCCACCCUGCAUGCACCAUCGCUUGGAAUCCCUGACGCCCAUGUCCCCCUCCUCUCCCCUGCCCCCUGCCUACAACACCCAGGCUCAGGACGCCUGCAUCAUCAGAGUCAGCCUGGAGCAGGGCAAUGGCAACCUGUACAAGAGCAUCAUGUUGACGAGUCAGGAUAAGACUCCAGCAGUGAUCUCUAGAGCCGUGGCCAAACACAACCUGGAGAGUGAGCCUGGGGAGGGAUACGAGCUGGUGCAGGUCAUCUCUGACGAAAGAGAGCUGGUGAUUCCAGACACCGCCAAUGUGUUUUACGCCAUGAACACCUCAGCCAACUUUGACUUCCUACUGCGUGUGCGAGGCACUGCUGGGCGGUCGGUCCAACUGAGGAGUCACUACGCCUCCACAUUUCCCCGCGCCCAGCAGCGCUCCAGCCUGUCGCUGCGCCUCAGCAAGGUCACCCUGUGACCCCCAGGACAAGGGCACUAUGCCUGGAGGGACACAUUUGAUUUUUUUUGUCAUUUAGCAGACAUUGUUAUCCAGAGUGACUUACAGUAGUGAGUGCAUACAUUUUCGGACACCCGACUGGAUGGGCUGGGAGUGGUGGUGGGAGACUGAAAAGGACCAAACAUGGGGGAACAAACUGAAGUCGAUGAGUUUAGACUCUGAAUUCUCUAUUCCCACAUCCCCCUUCCCUAAUCAGACCCCCAUCUCUUAGUGCUCCCUCUCCCAGCAUCCCUUCCAGUAGCAGCCUGUGGCCUUCCCUUUCUGGCACUUCCCCCAAACCCCUAUGGACUAUGAUGGAUGUGUAGUGGGACAGUGGUGCCCUAUAGAUGUCUGUGGCAGAGCGAGACAGCCCCCCUCUCCACAUGAAGAGGUUUUGCACAGGUAGGAAGAGUGACUCCAGCCCCCAUCAGUAUUCAGCUUUUUUAUCGACUCUUCUUUCCUAUGGAGCCUGUAUGUUUCCUAUUAGAGGGAGAUGGGAGCCUGGACAGAGAGCGAGACGGAGAUGUCCUGUUGCCUUUAUUAACGGUGAUGAAUGAUCGGCCCCUGUGUCAGUGUUAAUCUGUGUGAUUGAUUGACAGGAGCUGUGUGAUGUCUUCUUUGUUUCCAUUAUUUCAUAGUGUGCACUGUGUGUACCACGCGGGACUGCACCUCUCAUUGUUAACUGUGUGAUGAAUGCCAGUAUAGAGGCAUUCUGAUAGGUUACUACUUGGUUUUAACAAUGUUUUUGUCCUUUUGAUAUUGUUUAGCUGUCCUAUCUCACCUUUUAGGGUGUAGUGACACAUAGGAUGGGGCUCUAUGUGAAGCCCGGAUUGCGCUGCCUGACGCAUUGAUUAGCAGUCCUAAUAGAGAUGCACUUGUUAGAGGCUAGUUGAUGUCCGGAGGUGGGAAGUGGUGGAAUGAGUGACAUUUACACUUUAGUCAUUUAGCAGACGCUCUUAUCCAGAGAAAUGUACAGUUAUUGCAUUCAUCUUAAGAUAGCUAGGUGGGACAACCACAUAUCUCAAUCAUAGUAAGUACAUUUUAGUUUAAAAAAGGUAAUAUAUUGAGGGGGAUUAUUUAAGAUACUCUUUGAAGAGGUAGGGUUUUAGAUGUUUUUGGAAGAUGGGCAGGGAUUCUGCUGUCCUAGCUUCAGGAGGAAGCUGGUUCAAACAUUGUGGUGACGGGACAGAGAAGAGCUUGGACUGGAAUGGGCAGGAGCUGCCCUCCUGUAGGGGUGGGAGAGCCAAGAGACCAGAGGUGGCAGAACAGAGUACUUGGAUUGGGGUGUAGGUUUUGAGCAGAGCCUGAAGGUAGGAAGGGGUAGUUCCUCUUGCUGCUCCGUAGGCAAGUGUCAUGGUCUUGUAGUGGAUGCGAGCUUUGACUGGCAGCCAGUGGAGCGUGCAGACAUGGGAAGGUGGAACACCAGGCAGGCUGCAGGAUUCUGGAUAAGUUGCAGGGUUUGAUGGCACAAGCAGAGAUUCCAGCUAACAGCAAGAUGCAGUAGUUCUGACGGGACAUGACCAGUGCCUGGAUUAGGACCUGCAUCACUUCCUGGUUGAGGUAGGGUCGUACUCUACGGAUGUUGUAGAGCCUGAACCUGCACACGCAAGUCACUGUUUUGAUGUUUGCAGAGAACGACAGAGUGUUGUCCAGGGUCACGCCAAGGUUCUUUGCACUUUGGGAGGGGGACACCGUGAAGUUGUCAACUGUUAUAGAGAGGUCUUGGAGCAGGCAGGCCUUCUCUGGGAGGAGGAGCAGCUCUGUCUUGUUGAGCUUGAGGUGGUGGUCUGACAUACAUGCUGAGAUAUCUGCCAGGCACGCAGAGAUGCGUGUCACCACAUGAGUGUCAGAAGGGGGAAGUAGAAAAAUGGUUGUGUCAUCCGCAUAGCAAUGAUAGGAGAGACCAUGUGAGGAUAUGACAGAGCUGAGUGACUUGGUGUAAAAGGAAAAGAGAGGGCCUAGAACCGAGCCCUGGGGGACACCAGUAGUGAGAGCAAGUUGUGCAGACACAGAUUCUCUCCGCGACCUGCCAAGUAGGAUGCAAUCCAAGAGUGCGCAAAGUCUGAGAUGCGUAGCCUUGAGAUGGUGGAGAGGACGAUCUGAUGGUUCACGGUGUCUCAGGCAGCGAAUUGAUCUAGAAAGAUGAGAACUGAGAGAGUCAGCGUUGGCAGUGCGGCGAGCCUCCAUGACACAGAGUAGAGCAAUCUCGGCUCAUCAUUACAUGGCUCAUCACACCCUAGGGGCUCCUUGUGGCGUGCCUGCAGGCUGACCCCGUCGCCAUUUGAACCGUGUUUCAUGAGACACAUUGGUGUGGCUGGCUUCCGGGUUAAGCUGGCUGGUGUAAAAGAGAGGUUAGGCGGGUCAUGUUUCGGAGGACUCAUGACUCCACCUUCGCCUCUCCCGAGCCUGUGGAGAGGAGAGGCGGCGAUGAGUGGAGUUGCAGCAGAGUUGUGGAGUUGCAGCGAUGAGACAAGAUCGAAGAAGGGGGUAUUACUUUUUUUUCUAAAUCUAUUUUAAAAGGGGCAUUAGGCGGUGGACAUGGCUGUGGGCGCUUUUGGCCUGGGGCCCUGAGCAAGAACAUUCUAGAGCCUUCUUGGCAGCGGAGAGAAUGUUGCUAUUUUAAAGUACAUUUCUUACAAUUCUAGUCACAAAUUCUUCCAUAGAGCUUAGAGAAUGUGCAGUUUCUAAACAGCAUUUCACCACUUUCAUAACUUUUGUUUUCACGGAUUUAUAGCAGCACUGGUGCUUAUUUCUUAGAGCAGUUUAAAUUGAUAGAUGUCAAGUUAAUUAUUUUGUGAACUUAGUGCCAAAAGAGAAAUAGGUACAAAAUCUGUUUCUGGUUCCAUUUCAACCAGUGUGGCGCAAGAAAUAAUACGUUCCGUUUCAAACUUUCAGUGGAGAACAUCUGUGUAGACAGGCCUACAUACUACACAGAGACAUCAUUUUGUGACAAAAUACGACAUUCACGUAUUGCUUCGUACUCCAUUUGCUGGAACUGUAAUGUGUGCCGAACCUCUUACAGGAUGUUCAGUUGGAAAUGUACUGUGCAGAACAGACUGUCAUUCAGAAUAGGCAUGCCCGUUCUUACAUUACUUUUCUAUCUACAACAUUCUGAACAGUCAGCUCCCUGUGCACCGAGCCUCACCCAAACACUCACCCCCAAUAGUUUGUCACAGACGAUAUGAAUUACAUUUUCACACUAACCCACACUGACACUAAUUCAGUUCCUCCUGUGCCGAGGCCUCUACACACUGACACCCACCCCCCUUUUAACGGAAUCCCACAGAUACCGGCUCUCCCACACUGCCUAACCAGCAUUAACACCUCCACCCCACCUGUCUAACCCACAGUGAAACCGGUCCCUACCAUAUACACUCCUACGUUUCAUCUAUUCUCUCCAUCACACUGGUUAUUACUAUAACGCUCAUUCUCUAAUACUGACAUUCUGGCCAUCUCACUGAGCAGUGUACUGGACUGUUAUUGGUCAUUCAGUACUAAAUGCUGGGCAAGAUGUACUGUGGUCGAUUCUCAUGCAACACUUGUGAAUUUUCUCUCAUGAACUCAAUUUGUGUGUCUUCACUGCCAAAAUUCUCUACCUAAAUAAAUGAUCAUUACUAUGAUGUCGUUUAUUUGUUUGACCCUUUAACAACAUAAGAUUUACGGAGUUGAACAAUACUUCCAGUUAUUAUUCUGGUACAAACAAGUAUCAUAAAUGAGUUAUUACCAUCUACUUGGUCAUUUCUUUACCAUAAAUCAGUGAUACAGUAGCUACGUUUCCAUGUGAAUAUUCUAAAAAUCUGCAUAAAAACAAAAUGCGCAUUUUCCCACCAGAUCUGAUUCCAUCAAAUUGACUUGUUUCGUAUAAAAGGCUGUGCGUGAUGUAGUGCACAUAAAUACUUUUUGUGGUUAAAUUCCCAUGUACCGAAUAACAUUUAAAAAAUACAAAUUAAAUGGGUUUCCAUCACAUUCAAGUCCACUGAUGGUGCUCACCAAAAAUGUGCCCACUCGGGUAUUGGCAUGUGCACUCUAGCCAGCAGGGUGCAGUAUAGCCAGCAGGGUGCAGUAUAGCCUACAUGAGAUUAUUAUGGACAAAAGAGUGAGAUGUAGUUUUGUCAAAUGGCAGCCCAGCAUUGAUGAUCAUGUCACCAGAAUAAGACCCUCAAUAUUUAUUGGAAAGUCACAUCAAGCUCAUCACCUUGCACUUUCACCACCCUGUGAAGUUCAUCAUGAUGCGAUUCGAACACACAACCUUUGUUAACGCCCACCCAUUCUCCCCAACCAACCACCCUGCUAUCGUUUCUGUCUUAAUUAACCGACUGUCUCUGUGAUUGUAAUUCACUGUAUACAAAAAGACUUUUCCACAUUUCCAAUAAGCAAUUUGUGUGUUUCACAAUCUGAUACUGGGUUGCUUGAUACACACGGGAAACUGUUGUGUGAAACCCAGCAGCGUUGUAGUUCUUGAUGCACUCAAACCGGUGCUGCUACCAUACCACAUUCAAAGGCACUUAAAUCUGGUCUUACCCAUGCACCCCCUGAAUGGCACACACACACACUGUUCAUGUCUCAAGGCUUAAAAACCCUUCUUUAACAUGUCUCCUCCCCUACACGGAUUCAGAUUGAAGUGGAUUUAACAAGUGAAAUCAAUAAGGGUUCAUAGCUUUCACUUGGCCAGCCAGUCAUAAAGAGGUGUUCCUAAUAUUCUGUACACUGUAAAUGUACAAAUUGCCCUUUUGAAUAAUCUUCUACAGAACAGUAAAUUACAAUUCACAUUUGGCAGUACUCGCACUAUCAAUGUUAAAUGAAUCGUUCUAUCCCGUGUGUGAUCAUUGAAGACAUCUUUCACGAUCAAUACAUUUAUUUUAGAAAUCAAUGUUUCAGAUAUAAUUAUCAAAUGAAAGAAACAUGACAUUUAGCAGGCACUAGUUUGAAUCAAGUCUGUCUUGAGCAUUUGGCCAUAGGUUCUCAUCGACAUAAUUCGCUUCUGUAACAUGCUAUUCGAAAGCAGUUUGAAACACCACACAAAGACUCCAGCAACUUAAUUUUGUAUACAUGUUUACUGUGUAGGGGAUACAUCACAUAAAAUAAAUCUGAUAUUAAUAUCAGAUGUAUUGUAUCUUACUGAAGUAAAGUCAUUCAUAAUAUUUCAUUACAGUAUAACAUACAUUCAUUAUUCUCAAAACCAUAUAAGUUUACCAAAUAGUUAAGUGAUUAUCAAUUAAGAGCAGUCUGAUUAAGUCAAUGAAAUGUAUUUAAACAAAUGUGAAGACAAUCCUAUCAAAAGUAAUGUGAGCAUUGCAUUGUGAAAGGCAAUUACUUCAUAUGAACAUGUAUUUCUAGAUGAAACACUGAUUACGUUUGAAAAACAGACUGUAUGAUUGCGUUGUACUUAGUCAAUCGAAUAAUGUGCUGAGACUUGUGAAACUGCCUUUUUGAUGAUCUGUUUUGAGUUUGGUACAAAGUGUUGUGAAAAUUGCACCAAAGGGAUAAAAUAAAUGAUAAAAACA